AUGUUGACAGAUUCAAUCUGGGCAGAUUUUGAUAACCAAGAAAACGCUGAACUCCUUAAAUCAAAGCUUAUCAAGCUUAAAGAAAAGGAAAAUAAUCAAAAUUUGGGAUUUUUCAAGUGUUAUCCAGAUGCAACUGCAUUAUCGACACCAUUAAAAGUCAAGAAUAAAUAUGAAACCGGAUAUCAAAGCGUUGUUGAAUAUCUAGAGACGAUAAUACAGAUGGAAAGAGAAAAUUUCAUUGCACCCAUUAGGCAGCAGCUAAAGAAAGAUGAAUUUGAUGAUAUUGACAUGUAUAGAUACCAUAAUGUAUGCAUUUAUCCUCAAAAAGUUACAGAUCCGAAAGUAUUGGAUGAUUACACAUGUUUUUUAUACUUCGAACCUCUAUUUCGAGGAAAGAAAAGGGAUAUAGUCUGGGAGGAAGAAGAAAGAUUAAGACAGGGAAGUAUAUUACUUUUAUCAGAAUCAAAAAAUUGCAUUAAAAUUGAAGCAAUCUGUAUUUCAUGCAUUCCUACAUCUAAAGAUGAAAACCUUUUCAAUAAAUUCCUUGAAUUCCUCUACAGCGGAAUAGUCCCUGUCAAAGAAGUUGAUGGACACGUUCAUCCAGGCAAGAAAUAUUAUGCCUUCGAGCCACUUGAAAUAUUUAAAGUGGUAUUGGUCAGAAUGGAAUCGAUUAAAUUAAUGAAUGAAAAUCCUUUUCCUCAUCUUGCCAAAUCAGUCGUUUUCCAUAACUUUGAACAAGUUUUAUCAGCAGAUUCCAAUGAUAUUAUCUAUAAUUUUGGAGUUUUAAGAAAAGAUCAUUUUCCAUCAUCUCAUGGAUGUGCAUCCGACAAUUAG